AUGGAUUCUGCGUACAGCUGGCAAUGUCAACAGGUUGCGGUGCCUCCGCACACUCUCCUGCUUCGGCGCUUUCUGGAGUACGAGCAGGAAAGUGCUACGGGCCAAUCGCAGCCGGUUCUGGUGCUUGGUGCAAGAGACACCCAUACAAAGGAUCCUCCAGUUCGUGAUUCAGACUUGGUGGCUGUUUGUCUGGUGGUGCGUGCCAUGUCAAGAACAGCAUCGCUGCCCUUGGUGCGACUUGAUCUUACGGGAGAGCUGAUCAGCUGCAACGGUGCCAGAACAAUUGCUGCUGUCCUCCAGGUUAGUUCCAGCCUUUGUUCCGUGCUGCUGCGGCGGACUCAUGUGGGAGAUGAUGGCGCUGCAGCUUUGGGGGCAGCCUUGAGGCAACUAGCAGAUUUUGUCGGCAUCAGAUACCUGGUGCGCGGCAUGCAAGUUCACGGUGUACCACCCUCCUUGAAAACGCUGCUGCUGGACGGGAAUGCAGUUGGAGAUGCUGGUGCCAUCGAGGUUAUCAGUUUGGUAGAGGAGAGCACGUCGCUAUCGAUGCUCAGUGUUCAUCCGGCACUGCCCCGCUUUCUCUCAAAGGAGGUGGAAGCAGCCCUUCAAGUGGCCUGUGAACUCAGCCGGGUGAACUUGGAGUACAAGGGACAUCCUCUGGCCUUCUCAGCCCUUGCGGCGACAAGUCAGCCCCCAGGCCGAGCAGAACUUCCACAGGCCAGCGCCAUGGAGACUGCUCGGGAAGCGAAGCCCACAGCGCAGGCGCCGAAGACGCAGGCGCCGAAAGCGCAGGCGCUGAAGCCGGUGCCAGACGUGCGGAGUAGCGAGCACCUGGCUUCCUGGAUGGCUGCCACGGAGCGGGAGCUGCGGGAGCUCAAGUGGCUGCUGCGCUCCAGCUCAGCAAGGCUUGAUGGGCAGCACAAAAAGCUGGUGGGAGAGUUGGAGAAGCUGCAAACACAGCUGGAUACUUGGGCGGUGGGAAGUACAGAGCCCUCAGAGGAAGCUCGCCUUGACGUCUUGGAGGCGCGCUUUGAUGCGAUCGAGCAGCUGGUGGGCAGAGAGCAGUCGGAGUGUGCGCAGAUGUGGCAGCUGGUGGAAGUGGCGGCUGGAGCCAGCUCCAGGAAAUGA